UUUUUGAAAAGAUCCCGAAAGUCCAGAAAUAUCAAUGUUCAGUCCUUGGCUUUUUCCUUGACUGAUUGUGCAACCUCGUUAUCGCACAGUCAGCCUCUGUUUCUUAUUGUAAAUAAAAAUGGCGGUUCCUGAAAAACUUCACUAUCUAUUAGAGCUCAAAUAUUUCUUUCCAUUAAAGGAUUUUGAAUCAGUUGCCAAACUAUUCAAGAAUGAACUUGAAUCUCCAGAUCCGAAUCUAGCCAUUUUGUCACUUGUUUUUGGUUUUAUGGAACAUCACUUAACUGACAAAUCCUUACUGAAAAAGAAUGCAAUUCUUGACGACAGAAGGCAAGGUACCAGCGACGAAGGCUUCCCUGUGCUUGAAUUCGCCGUACUUUACAGCAUGUACGAAACAUACCUGAAAUUAAUUGAUCAAAAGUUUGGAAUUGUUUUAGAAGCAGACAGGACGUUUCUUUGUGACACAGAUGCUUCGACUAAAGCAGCCUUUUCGACAAGGGAGAAAGUGAAAGCUGUUGCCGAUUUUGUCUGGAGUCAGCUUUCAACUUCUUACUUUAAGGAUCGUCCACAUAUUCAGAGCAUUUACAGUUUCUUGAAUGGAAAAAGACUUGACUGCUUUGGUGUGGCUUUGCUUGUUGUUGCCACUGCACAAUGUAUUGGCUACAAUGACAUUCACCUGGUUCUUUCGGAAGACCAUGCAUGGAUUUCAUUUGGGGCUGGCAACAAAGAAACUGCUGAAGUUACAUGGCAUGGAAAAAGAGAUGGAGUGAAGCGAGGCAGUCCUAUUUCUCAAGAUUCACUUGUUGGGUUUUCUAAAGAUUGGCUUUAUCUUGGAGGGAAUGGAAUGCAAUGCGAUAGAUUUAUGGAAGUUGCUGCUGUUGUGUCAGCCAUGAAUCCUGGAAUUGAUGCAAAAACUGACAGUGAAAAAUUGUCCACACUGCAACAGGAUCUUCUUUGGCUGCUAUUUAAUGGUGGACACCUUGACAAGUACCCAAUGGCAAUUUGCAAUCUAGCAGAUUUAGAAGAAAUAAAAGCGACACGUAAAAGCCCUACUCUUGAAGAACUUUACGAGAAAGCAAUCGGAAUAGCAGAACUGGAGUAUGACGGAUGCCAUGUUUACCCUUACACAUAUUACGGUGGAUACCUGUUUCGAAAAGAACUGUACUCAAAGGCCACGAUUUGCUGGAAAAAUGCAGCUCUAGUAGCUGCGAGAUACACUCAUUCUAGAGAAGAUGAAGAGCUUUACAAAGAGUUCAGCGAAAUAGCGAACACCUUUUUUCCAGAAAUAGUAAAAUAUUGCAGAAAUUUAAAGACGAAAAGCAACAGUGAUGCACCAGAAUCAGAAUACUUCGCAUCCGAGGAGAACUUGACAAACAUUAUCAAAUUCUUUGAUGGAAUUUGCCUUUGGGAAGAAGGUGGAAGCACAACUGUGGUUCAUGCUGAAUGGGCAAAGAAUUUUUUGAAGCUUUUAAACUCGUUCUCCUUUGAGAUAAGGACGCUGUGUCUUAAGUCCAGUUUAGAAGGAGGCUCAAAUCCUGAAGAAUUAAGCAGCAGGGGGCUACUAAUUUUGCAAAGCGAAAAGAUGAAAUUGAUGCAAGAAAGUCUUUGCCAAGAAAAGAUCAACACAAGCGUGAUCAACCUUCAUUUGACCUCCAGGGUUGGCCUCGUUGCAGACGGCAAGCUCAAUGCUAAACGAGGAAGCGGAAAGUUCUCUGCGGCUCUGUUGUCCCAAUAUAGCAUUGUAUUUAUCCGCGAACUGGAAUGUUUUGCAGAAGUGCAAAACAAAAGAGGUAAGGCAAAAAAUAGAUAUAUUUUGUAUGUAGUAUUCUAGAUACUCAGAGUAACGAAUUUUCAUUAUAAUGCUUUCUAUAAUACUUUGUGUGAUGUAGGGAAAUGAUGUCACAGGCUGUGGUACCUUGUAUGUCGAUGUCAAGUAGAUAACAUGCUGUCUUUGAAAAUUCUUCGACGGUGUAGAUUUAGAGGCCUUUCACAUGAUAAAUUUCAGGCAGGUUUAAAACUCACGCCGGCCUGAGUUUAGUACAGGUGUGCUUAUUUCCUUCGCGUUCACAUGGAUAUUUCAAAUCGGCUGGAAUGAAUUUGUAAAUACUGCGUUUUCCCAAAUUCACGGAUCAGCAUUGAAACAGAAGGUUUCUCAAGCAAUUUAGGGUAGAACAAGGAACAGGCAACUCAGGAAUAGGUUUAUAAAGAAGAGACGAUAUUGGAAUAACACUGGAUGCACAGAGAAAUGAUAGACAUAUAUAUGGGAUGGUGUAAUGUUACCCAGGGAAUGGCCAGCGCACUUUAGAAUGCCAACGGAAGACUUCAUGAAUCUAGCAUAAAUGUUGAAACCGUACAGUUUUAAUAUUAUAAGUUCAGCUCGUCCCAAUUUGAAAAAACGUGUUCACAUGAAAGUUUCAAGCAGGCUUGAAAAUUCAAAUCGGUUUGAAAACUGAAUUGAAUCUCAGGGCGGCGCGAGUUUCAGUUCGCCCUACUCACGUGAAAACUCAAAGGGAUUUGACCUUUUACCGACCAGGUCACGAUAUUGACCGACCAGCUAGCAAUUUUACCGCUCAGGAAAUAUUAAAGAGGUCUCACAGUUCACAAGUAUUUCCAUUUCACUAGUAUAAUGAAAUCUUGAAUAUUUGUACAAAAGACUAAUGAAUAUUCAGCAACAAAGACCCUUAUGGUAUUCUUGAAACCAAGUGUUGUAUCACGUGGCCUUAGGAUCUUUCGCCUCCAAAACCUCUCGCUUUUUGUUCCAUGAUAAUUACUGUAAGCAUUUUGUUCUGCAUACUCUUCUUGGUAAUCUUGAUAGCCACACUCAGUCGCCAAUUUACUUUUAUCAUAGCUACAAACAGAUGCUAAACCACACCAAUUUAGCUAAUAUCGUCAUGUUGACGCACUGAUCUCGAAUUCUGCUAAUCUUUUAAUUGAUCUCAAACUAGUUAACUAUCAAAAUAAUUUAAAAUGCAUUUAGUUGCCCAACUUGUAUUAGUAGACUUUGAAAUUGAAUCUUGAGUCGAAUCUGAUUAGGGUAUGAAAUUCGAUGACGAAAUUUUUCUGCGAUAAAUAAAAUGGGAUCAGCUUGAAAUCUUAUCCCGAUUAUCACAUACUACCUGCGAUUAAUCAUUACAAUCAAUCACAAUCAUCAUCAUCAUUAUUAUGAUCGUACUUGGAGCUGCUAAACCAAGUAACGUUUUUACAUAGAUAUCUUAACUAACCAACACAAUCUUCUCUCACAGCACAGUUUUAUAUUUCCACGACACACUAAUAUAUAUUAUAUAGUCAAUGCUUUAUAAACUUAGACAUUAGCAUGAAUAUUUGCUUCUUGAUCUCGAUUGGCGUUAUAGAAUGAUCAUGCAAUAAGAAUAUAUUAUGCAUGCGUUUUCAGUACUCCCAUUAACCAAUGAAAGCUCACCUUCACGUUGAUUUGCAAAACAUUGCAUUUGACAGGUAGCCAGGUGAUCUAGCAUAUUCAAACAAACAGUAUCAAUGUGCAAAUUGAAAUACAAAACGCUGUUGCUUUUUUCUUGAAAAUAUUGGCCUUGUUGCAUUGUUGUUACAAUAUUUUUAUCAAAGAUAUACAAUAAAAACUACCCUAAUGCAUAUCUAUUCACAAAGCAAUGCACAGAUGUUGUUGUUUGCCUGUGUUUACAAGAUUAUUAAGCACAGUUUAUAUUUUUCUCAAGUCUUGUCAAUAUAUACAAAAACAAUGUUGAGAAACUCAUGAAAAAAUUCCUAAAAUAGCACACGGAUGAUCUUAAGCAGUUAUUCUAAAUAACGCCUAUCUGUGCCUACAAGAAUUAGUGUUGAAACUGAACUAAAACAUUAAAAGAUAGGGAACCCUAAGCUACAAGUGCCAUCUUAAGAAUUUUGUGAAUAUGAGGAGUGCAGAGAGCCUCUUUGUUACAAAGACAUGAUGGUUGCACCAGAACUAUAAUAUAUGUACGUCUGUAAAGCGAAUACCUUUCUCAUAUUUAGUAUAGAUUUAUACAUGUAAAGAAUAGGCCUCAAGUUCAGAAGCACUUGCUAUGUUGAAAUAAAUUUUGAUAAAAUGAACGCAAAAAAGAGGAAAUGAUAUUUACCUCAAGAAGAUCUAGUACUUAUAAGAAUUAAGCGAAAACAAGUUAUCUUUUAAGUUAAAUUUGCGAAAAUUUUGAUGGGAAAUGACAGUUCAUGGCAGUCCAGAUUAUUGAGUCAUUGUAACUAGUUUUCGAAACAAAUGAAAUCAAAUGAGAAGGCUUUUGUCUUUUCAUGUAAGCAUUGAUGGAAAAUACUAUCUUUCUUGCACUAACAAUUCUUUUUUACAUGCAUCAAAAAUAGAAAGUCUAAUUUAAAUCGAGAGCAAAGUGUGUUCCAAAAGUUCACAUUGUGACGAUCGUGUUCAUAUUUCACAAAAGUCAAUAUUCUUUCACGAUGUAAAAAUAAUGGUAUUCUAGGUGGUACUAUAGAGUAUCUUCGUCUAGUACAAACCAAGUCAGUUUUGCUUUAAAUGUGUCCCUGGGAUUUUCGUUUGCUGUAAAAUUCACGUAGGUUUUAUUUUUCCUUGUCCACAGAUGUCGAGGUAUUUGGGCUUCGGGCACUUAUCUGAUAACACGCGAAAACCGAGCUUAAGUAACAAAAAACUCUUCCUCUUAUCUUCUUUGAGGUUAUUUCAUCUCGGCAAUAUGAUUGCCAGCAGAAGUUUUUUGAAAACUGGUGGGUUUUAAAGGCUUAAAACUACCGCUUUUGGGAGCAGCGUCAUUGGCUGAACUUUCAACCAAUGCUUCAUUGUCGCAUUUUAUGAAUAAGCACAGUUUCAUGUUUAUUGGAUUAUGCUUCUUCUACAGCUGAAAUUUGUGUCGUGAUGUGGCUGUGGCAGCAUAGGCAUGUAAUAAUGCAGCAAUACACACUCGAGCUUUCUGUCUGCUUCAGUAUUUUAAAAACAAGAGAAUGUUGCCUAAAGAUGCUCUUAAUGGACUGGUGCUAGCCAAGCCACCUGUUACGUCACUGAAAACUUUUCAAAAGCCUCACUAUAGGUUUAGCUCCGAUGAGGCUAUUGGUAAUUCUUGCAGAUUGAAGGUCUCCCAUCCGGGGAACUUCUCUUAGUCAAAGUUUUCGCAAUCAGGCAAAAACAUUUAGAUUUUGCAGCUGUAUUUAUGAGAAAUUGGUCAUGUACAACUUCGACUGAAGCUGAUUCUUCAACGAAAUUUUUUUGCAAUUAUGUUAUAACUUUGGAAUGCAGUUAUGGAAUAGAAAGAAUUAGUAACAACAGGUCACCCGACAAAGGGGGAACGGGGGCCACGGCCCCCCGAUUUUUUACAAAACUAUAAAGCUUUUUUUAAAAGUAUUUUGUUAUGGUUGUUAAAAUCUCUCUUGUCCCCCCAUGGAGCCCAUGAGCAAAUGCGGCGAUGGCCUGAAAAUUGUAUCCGGUUGCCAAAAAACCAAAUCUGGUUGCCAUAAUAUCAAGUCUAGAAAUUAACAGACACUUGAGUAAUACCUCACAUACAAAAGUAGCCUGGUGCAUCUUUUAGACAAGAUUCUUAACGUAAGGACAUUGAACGCUUUGUUGCGCUUUCAGGAUUUUGACUUCUGAACCUCCGUUCAUAGCACACUUCAAUCUGUUUUUGAUUCCUAACUAGAACCCCAGUUUCAGCAUUGCAGCUGCAUGCUAGAGUAGUGGUUUGUUUGUUUUCAUUAAAAUGGCAAAGCACAAACCUCUUUUUCGAAAAAAAUGGUACUUGUUGAUACGUUUAAAAAUCCCUCGUCGAAAUACAGUCUGAGAACAAUGUUUAAAAAUGUUUUCGACAAACAAAAACUAGAUGCAUCUUCACAUUUUUGAAGAAAAUUACUUUUUAUAAGAUAAAACUGAUAAGAAAAUUCUUUAAUGCAAAAAGAUAUGGUAAAUUUCUACCAAGAACCCAGAAAAGCCUAUUAAACGAUAUUGCUACUUUAUUUAAGCUUGCUUUAGUCUAGGUUUUGAUUUUUUGUAAGUGCUGUGUAGGAUAAUUGUAAUUCAGGUGUCUUUUUAAAUUUAUUUAAAUUAGGUGGGAAAUUUAAUGUUCCAGAUUUGGGUACAGAUUAUUGUACAAUAUACCCCCAAUUUCAUUUUACCACCUUUUCUAUUCUAUUGGACAGCUUGCAGUGCAGUUUUUUGCAGCCAACCAUCUUUCUUAAGACAAUUAUUUAAAGCAAUUGUAUGUGCUGUCCAUGAUUGAAAAACGCUGUGUCGUUCAUGAGCAUUGAUAUUGUCUUCAAAAGUGAUUUAUUUUCAUUUUCAUUUAAAUAUCAUUUAUAUACAUGAAAUCUUUCAGAAAUCGUAAUUCGAAAAUGCGAGAUAGAUAAUCAGAUGUAAAUUACAUAAAAACGAAUCUAAAUAGAUGUAGUAUGUUUCAUGAUGCUGGAUUUGGCAAUUUAUCAUUGUCAAGUGAUGAUAAACAGCUAGGUUUGUGGCAUUGGGGGAAAGGAAUACUUGAAAUUUGAAUGAUUUUGGAUUUGUUAAGACAUUCUUUAGGCAAAGAUUCAUAAUGCCAUAAUAAGAAGAGAAGACGAGCUUGAGUAUCUAUUGAGUUAACUAUUUCUAAGACCUAAUUCCACUUUAAAUUGAUAAUAUUUAUUGGUGUGUUAGUUACAAUUUUUCUUUCAAUACUAAGUUUUUUCUCACCAACUAAGAAAUAAUUUGACUGCGUUGUUACGGCCUAGAAUUUAAAAAGUAAUAAAUAUGCCCCGCAAAGUGACUUGGGUCUGUGCGUUUCAAAUGUUAGUACUGGGCUUUUAAUGUCAAUUUGUUCGUCUUUUCGCUUUUUCAAGCGGCAUUUGAGUAUUGCUUAACAUUCAAGCAAUAACAUAUGAGUGAGUCUUGUUUGAUUCGUGUAAUUGUGGUUCAUUUUGCGUUUUUUGAGAUUUAAUUUUGUUAGAUUUGGUUUUUAGAGACAACAUAACAUGUCGAAUCUGCCUCUUCCAAAACAUGUUUUGCAAAUAUUCAGAUUAGUUAAGAAAAUUUUUUAUAUUUCCACUUCAAAUGAUUGUACUUGGACUAAGCUUCCUCACUGCCUUGAUUCUGUUAACAGCUUUUUUAAAUUAAUUUUGAGAUAAAAAUUCGAUGCUAAAGGAAUCUUACUUAUUAUUGAAGAGGUCAUUUUCAAUCAUGUCGUCAGUUCUCGUCUUCUUUCAUUCGUUUCUCAAACAUUUUCAAAUCGACACAUGAUUUCAUUAAACGAUGGUUUGAUAACAAGAUUUAGCAGGAUUAUGGGAUUCUCUUAAGGUGAAGAUAUUCGUUUGAUGAAGCCAAAGGAUAUACGCGAUAAGUUUUAAAUGAUCUUAUCAUAUGGGUUAAGCGUUGUUUUUUAAUUGGUUACCGUUAUUUUAAUUAGAGAUUGGACGUUGUGGCUAUAACAUAAUUUGAAAACAUUGCACAUCUUUGAGCAUAAAUAAUUUAGUGCGUCAUACACAAAAACCAGUCUUGAAGUCUGUGCUGCAAGUUGCUAUUCAUUUUCAGACCUUGAUGAAACUAUAACGGCAAUUGUUGUCAUUAACUAGACUUCUG